GCCUUUCUUGAGUGUUCCAGAGAUGUUCCAGGCAGGGGCGGACUGACCAGUUGGAAACUCGGGCACUGUCCGAGGGCCCGGGGUCAGUAGGGUGCCCUAUGAGAUGCCCCUGGUACCUUUUUCAUAGGCUUUUUUGUGUUUGGGCAAGGACGCAGGGGCCCCAUGAUCCUCUAUUGCCCGGGGGCCCCAUGAGUUGUCAGUCCGCCCUUGGUUCCAGUGCUUCCUCAUCAGUGCCACCUAUCAGUGCCCAUCAAGGCAGCCUAUCAGUGCCCAUUACUACAGCCUCAUGAGCACACAU